CCAGUGGAGUUUCCAAACGAUGCUAGCGUUGUCAUUUUGAAUUCACUGUCUUCUUCGAAAAUCAACCACCAUGCCUGCCAUUAAGGACUGCGGCCAUAGACUAGUUCGACGUGUCAACUCUCGACCAGCAUGGCGCGUUACCCGACCAGCGGCAUGUAGGUUUUUCUCUUCAGCUGCACCACCGCAAAGCACAACUGGCGGAGUACGUGUCUCCAAACUUUUCACAGCGCUACUAGCGCUCGGGGUCGGAGCGACUGGUCUUGGACUUUAUGAGUUCUACACAUCCUUUACCCUCUGGCCAGAGCAGGUUCGCGGAGACCUCCGCGCAGGAAUAAAAGCGAGGAACCAAGGAGAUUUGUCUCUAAGCGAGAGAUACAUCACGCGUGCAUUCCAAACAGCACUGUCCCUUCCCUAUCAGACAUUCGCACCAGAUCCGUAUCUAAAGCUAUCAGGCAUAGCCUCUCUCCUUUCUGAAGUCGCUUCAGACCGUCGCUCCCGAGAAGCUCUGCAGAUUGCUUGGGAGUUAGGUGCCGGUCCGAACGAACCACAUUCUCCCUUGCCAGACGCCGAGAAGACGUCGAGUGGUGUGACAGAAGGAGCGCCGGGAUGGUCAAGCUACACCUUGAGCAACGAGGAACGCCUUCGACGCGUGGCCCUUGCGUAUAAAUUGGGCCAAUUGUCAAGUGAGCGGGACGUGGAUGAAGAGGAGAAAUGGCUCAUAUGGGCUGUGGAGGAGGUCUUGAGGCUGUCUGUACUUGGGAUGACACACGCCAAUUCGGAUAUGAACACAAAAGCGCACGAAAAUUCGGAAUCUAGUGCACUCGAAGAACUCGAACUUCCGUCAUGGAUGUCAAAGACAGACCUUGGUGCUCCACUGGAGGCCCUUGGUGCCCUUUACGCGAAGAAAGGUAGAAUCGAGUAUGCGAUGCCACUGUAUCUUCAGGCAAUCUCCUUACUAUUGCCACCCAAGGCAAAUAAUGUGCCUAUUGAAGAUCGAUGUCGAGCUGCUCAACUCAUGAAUAACCUUUCUGAGUUGAUAAUGCGUCGUCCUCCCACACCGGAAGUACGUGCACAAGCUGAGGCGUGGGCGCGUCAAGCAUUAGGGAUUAUUGAGCGAGCACAAGCGCAGCCAAGAAGCUCACGAUGGUUCGGAUGGGGACAGCCCGCUGAUGAUGGAAGGGAGGUCUGUGAGCAGGCGCUCGGCGUAGUGCUCUUCAACUUGGGGAGCUUAAGAGAAAUGUCAUCCGACUUGGAUGGUGCAAGGAAGUUGUUUGAGAAGAGUGCCGAGCAAUGUGGCAAGGUGGGCAUUAGGGAGGGCGUUGUUGAAGCCCAAGAAGCACUACGGAGGGUUGAAAAGGCGAAGAAGGUGGGUUGAUGGACUUGUGUUAUAUUUCUAUUAGGAACAUGUCUGUGGACGUUACCACUAAAUUUUCCAUGCGCUUGAGCCACGCUCGAGCCUUCUAUUAACGCAUGCUGCAUAACAGUACCGGAAGACAAAGGUGGUGCUUACUCAUGUUCAACUGUUGUAGCAGUACUUAAUUAUACGGGGGCUUGACGGCGGCACACAGCUUAGCUUCGAAAUUUAAUUUGCUUCCGCUGUC